GAAUCGUGGGUAGCUGUGUCGGUGAGUGUGGCGGCUGGAACUCUGGCCCUUCCUUUCUUCUUUGGCUUUAGGGCCUCCGCCGCCGUCGAAGUAGAAGGGGCACCGCGACUACUGACAUAGGCUCGCUUAGCAUUAGCUCUGUGCCUCAUGUUAGUUCAUGAAGUUUUACCAUCUAUUUAAGUAAUCAAAAAUGGAAAAUUCUGCAAAAGCAGAGGAAUGUGAAAAGAUCUCUCUUGAAGAGGCAAAAGCAUCCAUAGAUUUGGAAACAGAGUCUUCAUUCAGUAGUAGUGAAAACACAAGUGCUCCUGGGACUGGGCUUUCUGAAAAGGCUCCUACUUGUGGGCAAGUAGACACACCAAAAAAGAGAAAAAUGGAGUUUGAAGAUGAUCUUGUAAAGGAAAGUUCUAGUUGUGGGGAAGACACUCUGUCCAAGAAAAGAAAACUUGAUGCUGAAAUUGUCCCAGAGGAAAAAGGUUCUGGUGAUGAUGAAGGCAUUUCAAGGAAAAGAAGAAUGGAAACUGAUGAUUUUCCAAAAGAUGAACCUUCUACUGGAGAUGGCACUCAGAAAAAGAGAAAAAUAGAACUUGAGGAUGUUCCUGAAAAGCAAAAACACUUGGAAGAAGGACACAGCUCAGCAGUGGCUGCCCACUACAAUGAACUUCAGGAAGUUGGUUUGGAGAAGCGUAGCCAAAGUCGUAUUUUUUACCUAAGGAACUUUAAUAAUUGGAUGAAAAGCAUCCUCAUUGGGGAAUUUUUAGAAAAGGUGCGACAGAAAAAAAAAUGUGAUAUCACUGUUUUGGACCUGGGAUGUGGGAAAGGUGGAGAUUUGCUCAAGUGGAAAAAGGGAAGAAUUAACAAGCUAGUUUGUACUGAUAUCGCUGAUGUUUCUGUCAAACAGUGUCAGCAGCGGUAUGAGGACAUGAAAAAUCGUUGUCGUGAUAAUGAAUAUAUUUUCAAUGCAGAAUUUAUAACUGCUGAUUGUUCAAAGGAACUUUUGAUUGACAAAUUUCAUGACCCAAAAAUGUGCUUUGACAUCUGCAGUUGUCAGUUUGUCUGUCAUUACUCAUUUGAGUCCUAUGAGCAGGCUGACAUGAUGCUCAGAAAUGCUUGUGAGAGACUGAGCCCUGGAGGCUAUUUUAUUGGUACUACUCCCAAUAGCUUUGAACUGAUAAGACGCCUUGAAGCUUCAGAAACAGAAUCAUUUGGAAAUGAAAUAUAUACUGUGAAAUUUCAGAAGAAAGGAGAUUAUCCUUUAUUUGGCUGCAAAUAUGACUUCAACUUGGAAGGUGUUGUGGAUGUCCCUGAAUUCUUGGUCUAUUUUCCAUUGCUAAAUGAAAUGGCGAAGAAGUACAAUAUGAAACUAGUCUACAAAAAAACAUUUCUGGAAUUCUAUGAAGAAAAGAUUAAGAACAACGAAAAUAAAAUGCUGUUAAAACGAAUGCAGGCCCUGGAACCAUAUCCUGCAAAUGAGAAUUCCAAACUUGCCUCUGAGAAGGUGGAUGACUAUGAACAUGCAGCAAAGUACAUGAAGAACAGUCAAGUAAGGUUACCUUUGGGAACCUUAAGUAAAUCAGAAUGGGAAGCUGCAAGUAUUUACUUGGUUUUUGCAUUUGAGAAGCAGCAGUGAGCACAUACACAGUAGCACCAGAACAGCUGUAUUCCAUCUUAUGAUCCAUCUUAGAUAGAUUUGACAACUUUCCAUUUGUUUAUUUUAAUUAUUCUAAAUGUGCAGGAUGCUGCCGGAAACUCCACUGUAUAAAUUCAACAUUUGCUGUCUGUGACAGAUGAACUUUUGUUUGUGUAUAUAAGAAUAAGUUGGGACCUUUGUCUUUAAAAAUCUAUUUUUAAGUAAUGUUCUAAGAAUUCCAUUUGCCUCUACUCUCUCAGCUCAUAAAAAUUAUAAUAUGACUUGUUAAAGCCGCUGAACUUUUUCCACAGUGUUCUGGUUUGUUCAGUGUUUGUUUACAGUAUUAAAUUUAUUACAGUUAUAAAAUUGAUGAGGGAGCAUACUGAUUUGCAGGUGUAUGUGCUCAUUUCCGUAGUUUUGUUAUAUAGUGUUUUUCAAGAUUAAGUGGAUUGUGUUCUAUACAAUUGAAUGUAGGUGUUCAAUAUGUAUUGCUAAAGUUAUAAGUUCAAAACUAAAUUUUAGAUGGUUGUAAAAGUUGUCUAGAAUUUUAGCCAGUUAU